AUGAGUAUCGACUCCGAUGACGACAGUGGCUGGCUGGACAAUGUCAGUCUCAUCACACAACACCACAAGGUCUUCAUUGUGCCUCGUGUCGAGCAGGAGGAAGCAAACGACUUCAACGUCGAUUUUGAGGAGAAGACCAGGAUAAGCGAUGAGUGGGAUACUGCCCUAGGAAUGGAGUACGCAGUCGCAUCGCCAAUUUCCAUCGAGAACGUCACUUCCGUUAUUGAGGGCAGGGAUAUUUCUGACACGGAGUGGGAAAACAAGUUUGUCACGGAAUUUGCCUGGAUAUGCGAGUUUCUUCCGCCCAAGGAGGAGAUCGAGCGGCGUCACAUUGAUAGGUUCUUGUUUUGCAAGGCCAUCUUUGACCUAGGCAGUGGCCGGGGAUUCAAUACUCCUGACUAUCGAGAUACGCUGCGGGCCUUGCAUAAUCGCCGUCGACUCUGGGAAUUAUGUUCGAAGAUCGUAGAGGAGUAUCUGCCUCUCUCCCAACAGCGCAGCGCACAAAAGCCUGAGGCAAACUCCUCACCCGAGGCCGCGAGAUCCAGGACGACCAGCUCAGUACCUACGAGCACGCCCUCGACAAUAGACUUCUUCAGGAAGCCUAUAAAAAGUAGCAGACCUUGGCCAUGUGAGCCGCAUGAGCUGAGGAACAAGUCACAGAUCGGAGCAUCUUCCAUGGAGACUCUGAUUCUUGCAGCUCGUGGUAGCGAUCUGACUAAUGCGACCCGUUUCGGGGUCGACGCUAAUAUGCAGCGAUUCGAGAUUCAUCUUGAGGAAAAUGGGCGAAAAUGGAGUCAUUGCAUUGGUCUCCGCAGCACGGCCAUGCAGUACCUCUACUUCGACAAGUCAGCGGCCGUCCCUGACAGAAUUACAAGUUGUUAUGUGACUAUGCAGCAAAAUGUCCCCAGUGGUUUACGGUUUAUCAGCCAAAGUCAGACGAUCACUGCUGGAAAGCCUGAAGAAGAUGAAAUGGAGUAUCCUCCUCAAACGAAUUGGGGCGGCUGGAUGACUGGCAUAUUCUGCCAAUGGUCAGAUCGAGAUUCACCUGAUGUCAAGUUGGCCUCUUUCGAUGUGUACUUUGCGGACGAGUAG